AUGCUCAGGAUGUCGCGUCCAACCAUUCUAGUACCGGAGAAACUAUCCCAAGAAGGUCUCGCCUUACUGUCACCACACUUUGACAUCACCGUCACAAGCCUCACCCCCGAGGAACUCAUCGCCCAGAUCCCCUCCUACCAUGCCCUCAUCAUCCGCUCAGAGACAAAAGUGACGGCCGAGGUAUUGCUCGCAGCAAAGAACCUCAAGGUCGUCGCGCGAGCCGGCGUUGGCGUCGACAAUAUCGACGUACCCGCCGCGACCUCGCGCGGUGUCAUCGUAGUCAACUCACCCAGCGGCAACAUUGCCGCCGCUGCCGAACACACCAUCGCCCUGCUUCUCGCUACGGCACGUAACAUUGGUCAAGCAGAUGGUGGCUCGAAAUUGGGCAAGUGGGAGAGAAGCAAACUCGUCGGCAUAGAGGUGGGCCGCAAGACCCUUGGCAUCAUCGGCUUGGGCAAAGUCGGCAUUCGCGUCGCCCGUAUGGCCAAGGGGCUGGGCAUGAAGGUGGUCGCGGUCGAUCCGUUUGCGAGCCCGGAUAUGGCGAAGCAAGAAGGCGUCGCGCUGGCGGCUGACCUGGACGCGAUGCUGCCCGUCGUGGACUUUUUGACGAUACACACACCUCUCCUUGCGACGACGAUGGAUCUCAUCGGAGAGAAGGAGUUGAGAAGAAUGAAGCCCUCGGCGCGAGUCCUCAACGUCGCGAGGGGCGGAGUAUACAAUGAGGAAGCUUUGCUGAACGCGCUGGAGCAGGGUUGGAUCGGGGGCGCUGGGCUGGACGUGUUCACGUCCGAGCCGCCCAAGCAGCAUUCCGCGGCUGCGAGGCUGACGAGCCACCCCAAAGUCGUGGCCACGCCUCAUCUCGGCGCUUCCACCGUCGAGGCGCAGGAGAAUGUCUCGCUGGACGUAUGCAACCAGGUCCUCGCCAUCUUACAGGGGGGACUGCCCACGAGUGCCGUCAACGCGCCCAUUAUCCUCCCCGAGGAGUACGGCAAGCUGCAGCCUGCCGUGCAGUUGGUCGAGAAGAUGGGCAAGCUGUAUACGCAACACUUUGUCGGCUUGCGGGGUGGCAUGCUCGGUGGACGGAAAUUUGAGCUCACCUACCACGGCGACCUGGCUGGCAUGCCCAACACGAAGCCCCUUUACGCGGCGCUCGUCAAGGGGCUCGUUGCGGAUAUUAGUGAUUCACACAUUAACAUUGUCAAUGCCACCCUCGUCGCCAAGGAAAAGGGCCUUGUUAUCAACGAGACGUUUAACAACGACACCAAGGACCUGCUGUACGCGAAUCUGGUCACGCUUCGAGCAUAUGACUCGAGCCAUUGUUCGAGCGAGCAGAUCAUUGAGGGGUUCACAUCGGACCAGAGAGGCUACAUCUCCAAGCUCGACCGCUUCAGCGCCAGUUUCUCGCCCGAGGGCACCCUCAUUGUCCUUCACAACUACGACCAGCCCGGUAAGAUUGGAGGCGUGGGGACGGUGUUGGGUAGUCAUGGGGUGAACAUUCGGUUCAUGCAGGUCGCCAGCCUGGAUGCCACCAUGGAGAUGCAAAAUGGCAAGGGAAAUGAGGCGCUGAUGAUCCUUGGUGUGGAUGGCCAGAUGAGCGCCGAGGUCAUUGAUGAUCUGCGAAAGUCAGAAGGCGUGCUGAACGUGAGCUUGGUGGUCUUGUAG